GAGAGGGGGAGUGUUGGAGAGCGCGGGGUCGGGCUGUUGGCUCUCCUCUUGCAGCUUGCUCGUGCCUGCCUUAUCCACAAGAAGAGCAGCACCCCUUCUUCAAAUCAACCCCCAGGAUCUCCGUUCUCUCUUCCGUGCUUCAUUUCACCCACGGAAAUUAAUAAAAGCGAAAGAAGAAAGGAAGCAAGGGAAGAGGUGGACGCCACCCUUCCUUUGGGCCCUGGUUCUCCACUCCAUUUCGCCCUUCUCCGUUAAUGGUGGAAGAGAACGGAUUGUAUUGUAACGAGCGAUUUGGGGUUGUAGCGUGGCCAAGGAAGGAUGAACAAUCCCGGACCCAGGAAGAAACAGCGCGUGGGAAGCAGCAGUCGUCUGUCCUCCUAUGCCGCCGAUGCCGACCUCCAGAAACCUCCUUCCGAAACCGAUCCCUCCGGCGACCCAAGGGCCUCCCUCCUCCGUUCUGUUCCCUACGGAUUCAACGACCCCCUUACCACCGAUGUAGUUCUCCAUCUCCUUCAUCUCGUCGAUCCCCUGCUUCCUUCCACGUCUCUGCCUGACCCCUUGGAUCCUCACCUUUCUGCCUUGGCUUCCCCUGCCGAAGACCCUCUGCCGUUCUCCUCCUCCUCCUCCUCGUCUUCGGGAGCUUCUUCCGCCGCCGAUAAGGUUAAAGUCUUCCUCCAUUCUUCCGUCCUCCACCGCUCCAAGUACUUCUCCGCCCUUCUUUCCGAUCGAUGGAAGGGAAGCGAGACCCGCGCUGAAGCGGAUGAUCGGCAUUUCCGGAUGACACUCCAGGUUUCGUCCUCUCGAUCUAUGGAAUCCUACCUGACCGUGCUGCAGCUCUUCUACUCCGACGAUUUCUCCACCACCAUCGUCAGCGCUGGCGUCGCCCUCUCGCUACUCCCCGUCGCGCUUGAGCUCCUCUUCGAUGACUGUAUCAAGGCCUGCCUUCGAUUCCUCGAGGCUGUGCCGUGGACGGAGGAGGAGGAGAAGGCGGUGCUCAACCUGCUUCCUCUUCUUCCUAAGGAGGACUCGCAGGAGCUGGCGGCUCGAUUGGUGCCUACCAGGGUCGACUCAUCGGAGGACAUGCUCCACGGCUUGAUUCUGGCUGCCGUUCACAGCCUUCCCAACAUCGCCACCGUGAAGGCCUUCGUCGCGAAGCUUCUGCGCGAUCACUCGUCACGGGAUUCCGUGGGACGCGUUCUGCAGUCUGCGUUCAUGACGAGUCUGAGGUCAGUGAAGGAGUCGCUGGAGGAGUAUUCGAGCCCUAACGUACGUGGUGACCACGAAGAGAUCGAGGCGUUGCAGAGGCUCAAUCUGCACACUGCGGUCGUUAACGCGCGGCAUCUCCUGUGGUUGGUGGAGAGGAUGAUCGAGUUGAGGGUGGCGGACUCCGCAGUGAAGGAGUGGAGCGAGCAGCAGGCCUUCUCCGCCGACCUUCAGAGAGCAUUCAGGGACGACGCCUGGAAGAAUAUUGCUCCGGGACUUCCUGCUUUGAUCUUGAGAUGUACCUGCCGUAUGGCGAAUGCCGUCGCAGCAGGCUCAAUCUUGGUUGAUCGACAGGUGAGGAUGAAGCUUGUUAAAGACUGGCUUCCAGUUCUCUUAGUCUGCAGAGAGCAUGUUUCACCUAUACCAUCCAGUCAGAAGUCUCUUUACCAGGAGUUGGAAGAAAAAUUUCUGCAGAUUAUUUCCACACUCCCCAUGUCAGAGUCCCAGGAACUGCUGCAGCAAUGCCUUAGCUUUUCCACCCGUAAUGUCGACGAAUGUCCGCACUUGGUCUCUGCUUUCAACACCUGGUUUCGCCGGGCAAGGCGAGGAUCACUUGAUCAGCUGCAUGGUAACUGAAGCCCCGGGAGUCCUGUGUUUAGUCUUGUAAAAAUUUUCUGUGCAUCGUCUUGUAAAAAUUUUCUUGAGCACAGCUGCCUGGUACUGUUGUAUUGUCUUUCUUGUAAAAAAACUGUUCUCUCUGUGCUGCAUCUGCUCGAUGACUUUGUAUUCUGCUGUAGUGGCAAUUGAAGGCAUCUUUGUAAA